AUGGUCGAAUAUCUGGGUAUUUUUAGCCACCGCAGUGUGGCGGAAGCGAAGCACAUGGAAGGCCGAGAAGGGCUGUACAGGGUGGCGGAGGGGUCGCCACAUCGACGGGGGAGCGUUGCGAGCGUCCUUGGACGGCGUAGCAACGUCCUGGACGAGAUCGAGCCGUUCGCAUCCGACUCGGACGACUCGGAUGAUCACCUCCAUGACGACAACGACCUCAUCGCGACCCCCUGUCCGAUUCCGCACCUCGGGUUCUGCUACCACGGCGAUGCGUUCUACCAGCGUGGAUUGUAUACGGAAGCUCUGUUGUACCUGUCUCGGCUUCCGCGCAAAUCCAAGCUUCCCAUGCCGAUGCAGAGCGCAACGACGCCCAUGUCGUCUUCGUCGGCGGCGACCAUCCCCAUGACAGCAGCUUCACAAUCUAGACGCAAAGCGGGCGUGUCGAAGCUUACGCCAAUGUCCCGGUCGUCCAACCACCGCGAGUCGGUUGUCCUUGACGUCAAGGAUGAAGGCCGCGACUCGCGCAUGAACCGAAAGCGGCAAUGCGCGUAUGCCAUCGAUGCGAUGGCGGCCAAUCCAAUGUUACACCCUACGCUCUUUGCAGACAACGUGGUCCCGACGUUGCUGUCACUGUGUCGAUCCAAAGACGGGGUCACGUCGCGGUUGUGUGUGUCUGCACUGUGCCAUCUCAGUGGCAGCCAGCGCGGCCGGGAGCUCAUGCUUCAGCACGGGUGCCUCUCCAUCCUUCAAGCGGCGCUCCUCCUUCCCGCGAGCCCGGAUCACUACAACAUCCUGGCAACAUUUGCCAACCUGAGCAUUGAGGACAGUUUCGAGUCGAUGUUCGUCAAAGAAAAGGCCCUCGAGAGCAUGGUGCAGCACCGAAAGAGCACCGAUGCCGCCGAGAGACUCGCGUCGUUUACACUCUUCAACCUGAGCUGUCCAUCGUACACAUAUCCUCGCAUCAACGAUGUCAUGCGCGCGCUCGUCGAGCAUGGCCGCGACUGCCGCGACCGCCUCUUGCUCAGCCAAGCUUUCUACAACCUCACCGCGACCAAAUCGAACCGCAUGAAAAUUGUCGCGAUUCCAGAUGCCUUCGACAUCAUCAACGUCUUGGUCAUGACCACGGCCGAUCCUGUCAUCCGCAGCAACGCGCUGCAUUCGCUUUGGUGCCUGUCUGACACGGAGGGGUGUCGACGCGCGCUGAUUGUGCAUGGCGCGGUGCGAGCCCUGGUCACGAGUUUAAAAGCCACGACAGACAUCCAGGACCUGCGGUGCAUUUUUGCCACCCUAGACAACGUCGCGACUGAGUCCCUCGGGUGCGAGGAAAUGGCCAACGUUGGCGCGCUCAGCUCUCUCGCGCACCUCACCAACCUCCUCGUGGACCCGACCCUGCGAACCUCCGUGUACAAGUGCAUCUCGCUCAUCCUGGCCGGCGAGCGCAACGUUGUCCAUGUCGACGUUGCGUUCUUCGAGCUGCUCGUGUCGUACUCGCACUCGAACGCGCUGGACUUGAAACACAUCUCGCGAUACGUGCUCCACGGUCUGGGCUGCCUCCUCGCCUUCGCCAAGCCAGACGCCCAGUCGUUCCUGCACAACCUGGCGUACCUCCCUAAACUGCUCUACCACGUGCUCUACAAGAACUUCGAGCCGAGCGGCGCCGACGAAUACCUCCAAGCAGUCCUGUUGUACAACAUGACGCUGACGUUUCGACCGUUGGAUAUCGCCAAACCAUGCCUGGCGCGCCUUCUCCAUUUUGGACUCGACAGUCCCCGGGAAGACAUUCGUGCGAUGGCGUGCGGAAUGCUCUUUAAUCUCUUCCAGGAACCAACGUUGCACGAACCGCUCUUAACCCACGACGGCGUGCUCGACGUUCUGGUCAAGCUGCUUCAGCUCCCGCCGUCGUCGUCAUUCGAUCUGGAUACGCCAUGCAAAUGCCUCGACAUCAUUUGUGUCGUGCUGGACCAGCAUCAGGUGGGGGAAGCGCUGACGACGGCGGUAAUAUAUGCCGUGUUUCCGACCCUCGUCAAGCUUUGUGAACGCGGCGACUCCCUCGUGAACGCCGGGUGUGCGGCGUGCUUUGCCCGAUUCGGGAUGGUCGAGUCGUGCCGCGUGCGCAUGGUCCGGAAUGGUUUGAUCGCGUCGUUGUCGCUCCUGGCCGGCGAAGACAACCCAGACACGCUCCAGUUGGUCGUGAGCACGUACUCCCAGCUCAGCUGCGACCCGACCAUUUGCCGCGAACUGAUUGAAAACGGCAUUGUGCACUCGCUCGCGAGUUUGGCAGCAGCGCCGGAAGAAGACGUUCGCCGCGCGUGUGCGAUUGCGUUUUGCAACCUGUCGACCAACGAAGACAACAUUGUGACUCUGGUCAAGCAUGGCGCGCUCAAAGCGCUGCUCGUGAUCUCGUGCGUCAAGUCCAACGACGCGAUCACGCGGCGGAUGUGCAUGAAGGCUGUCAUGAAUCUCAUGCGAGCCGAGGCCAACAUCCCGACGAUGUGCAACGAUGGACUCCCUUGGGCAUUCACGAUCUUUGCCAUGUCGAGCGAAGAGCAGGACUUUCCGAUCCUGGCCGACGCGUUCUGUGGCUUGUCGUUUUACAGGGAAACCCGCAGGGGACUCGCCAAGGCGUCCACCCUGACUUGUUUCCUGCACAUUUUGCACCGCAUCUACGACACUCCUGCGGGGGCAACGAUGCUCAAAGGAAUUUUGAAUUUGCUCACGGACAUCGAGGUCGCGCCGCCGCUAUUGAAUGCGGGUCUGUUGGGAGAACUGAAUCACUUGGCGGAAGCGUCGUCGAUCGACAUUCGGAGGAUGGUGGCGCAGAUCCUCACGGCGGCGUUCCAGUCGUCGCCCGAAGCCCGGUCCAAGUACAUGGAAGAAGCGACUCUGCACAUCAUCGGCCACCUCCUCAAGACCCACGACACCGCCACCAAGCACUGCUGUGCCAUUCUCCUGCACGUUUUGUCCCUGGACGACAAGACAGUUCGCGUGCUCAUCCUAAACGACACCAUGACGACGGUGCUAGACACCAUUCGCGAAAGCGGGCCGAAUCUCGAGAUCAUGCUGCUGCUCAUGCGCGCCAUCUACAACAUCUCGUGCCGCGAUGAUCUCCUCGUCCACGUGUGCAAGACGGGCAUUGUGUCGUCUAUAUCGUACAUUGUGUCGUCGCAGGGGGAUAGCCCGCCGUCCGUCGCGAUGUGCGCUGCCAUCAUGCGCAACCUGAGCUGCGAAGGUUCGUGCCAUGCCCAGCUCGUCAACGACCACGCAACGACGUUGCUCGUGUCGAUCUUCAACUCGAAGAACGCGCUGAAAAUCGCCAAAGAGGAUGCCGCGAUUGGCGUGUGCAACCUCCUCCUCGGUCGGGUGAAUUCGAGUGUGAUGCUGGCCCAGGGCGCGCUGACGCCGAUUCUGUGGCUGUGCGCCCAUGCCGGCCUCGAAAGCAACAUCCUGUGCUCGGCCGUGCUUCGGAAACUCGCCAUGCCUCCGGGCAACAUCCAACAGCUCGUGGAUGAAGGCGCGGUGCCGUGUGUCGUGUCGCUCUUGGAAACCACGUCCAACUUGUACAUCAAGCGCAACUGCACCGCGACGUUUUGCCUCCUCGCGAGAAAACACAGCGUCAAGCCGUCGUUGGCCGCCAAUGGCGUGAUCUCGCUCACUUUGGAUCUCCUCGACGACUUGAAGAAGCCGUCGACGAUUAAGAGCCCGGUCACGACCAGCAUCGAGAAGAUGAGCAUCGACCUCGUCACGUCCCUCGCCGAGUUUGUCCGACCAAACGUCGCCGGCGAACAGCACAUUUCGUCCAUGCUGUUCCAGCUCAUCGACGUCGAGGACGGAGGGUACGUACGCAGCACGGCGUGCGAGUGGGAGCAAGACCGGGAAUUCCUCGUCCGGGCGCAGGAUGGACCGCUCCCGCUAGCAAAACCAUCCGCUGCAAGACAACUCCGCACGGCGGACAUCCCCACCCUCCAUGUUCCGCUGUUUCCGAUUCUGUCGCAGGGAUAUUCCGAGGGCUUUACCGUAUCUCGCGAUCAAUUGGUGAUGCGCAAGCUCGAGAGUGUUGUCCCGACUAUCGACGAUGCGUAUGGCCACCGCAACUCGGCGGACAAAAUGGAAGACAACCUCGACGUCCUUCGAAAAGUUCUCUUGUCCCACACCAACCAAGGCAAUGCGAUUCGAUCUGCCGGAUGGAAGAAGCUCGUGUCGAUGGAGUUUUCCAGCCAAAAGAUGUUUCCAAAGCUCCGAACGCCGUUCGCCCCCAUGGCAGUCAACGCUUCAACCGGGACGCCAGACGUUGACAAGGUCGACAUCAAACCCGACAACGCGCCACCACCCCCCAUGUCCAAGGACAAGGUCCUAUGGCGAACACCACCAGUGUUUGAUGGGAAGAAGAGCGCGGAUGAAGCAGGAGGUGGAGCCAUCAAGUCGAUUGCGAGCUUCACUAUCCAGCAUGCUGUGCUUGGGUCGCCAAUUCGAGCAUCCCCUCGCGUUGGCACGCCCGGCCGACGAGUGCGGUUAGCCCCCGUCGACGAGAAAAUGUCGUAA